GGUGUGUGAGCUUCAUCACACAGUGGAGCCAGGAGGUGGAGAGACUGAGCAAGCACGAACCGAACAAGGAGCGAGACGGAGGGAGAGCAGAGGAGGGAGGAGGGAAGGAGAGAGACAGAGGAGUGAAGGAGGCUCCCACUGACAACGACUGCAGCUUGGAGGCGUGUCGACAGCGCAUACUGGACUGGGCCAAGGAGCUCAACGCGGCGGCUGAGCACAGAAAGACGGGCGAGAUGGUGCUGGAGGGGAGCCCUGCGGAGCAGGAGGAGGAAUCAGCCAGGAAAGAGGAGGGGGGAGAGCAGGAGAAAUCCCAGCGCAUCAUGGAAUGGGCCAGGGAGCUGCAGACUGUGUCUGAGGGCUGCGGAUUGGCUGAAGGGGGUAUGGCUCGGUCGCUCGGAGAGCUGGGUUUGGACAGUAAGAGACUGGGUCCCGUGCUGCCCCUGCUGGAGUUCAUCACCUGGUCUCUGCUGCAGGAGCGCACACAGGGAGGCGUCCCGGAGCUGUGGCUGUCGACCAAGCAGCGUUCCCACAGAGCCGAUGCCGUCAGAUACAUCCCUGAUUCAGUCUGGAAGUGGAUUUGUAGCGCAUCAGUGGAUGUGACUCUAGACCCUGACACGGCACACCCCUGGCUUAUCCUGUCCAAGAACGGGAAAAGUGUGAGAAGGGGAGAGAAGAGCCAGGAUCUCCCGGAAAAAACACAGAGGUUCGACUGGAAGAGCUGUGUCCAGGGCUGGCAGGGGUUCACCUCCGGGAGGCACUACUGGGAGGUGGAGGUGGAGCAGAACAGCACGUGGAGAGUGGGAGUCACUGCGGCUUCUGCCCAGAGGAAGGGCAGGUUCAGCAUGCACCCCGCUGGGGGGUACUGGACAAUCUGGAGGAGUGAGAGCCACCUGUGGGCCCGCACUGACCCCAAGACCCCCCUCCCCUUGAGCCUGGACCCCCGGAAGGUGGGGGUGUUUGUGGAUUACGAGGAAGGGGAGGUCUCCUUCUACAAUGCGGACAGCAGGUCCCACAUCUACACCUUCAGCGACACCUUCACUGAGAAGCUCUACCCAGUCUUCACUAUCCAAGAUGAGGAAAAGGCGCUUGUGAUAACAUCCCCCCUCCCCCAAUUUAGAGUAACCAAUCAACCUGGACAGCACGUCUUUGGACUGUGGGAGGAAACCGGAGAAAACCACUCCACACCGACAGUGCCCUAGGCCCGAUUCGAACCCAGGACCCUGGCUCUGUAGUAUUAUUUUUUUUUAAUUCGGCCUCACAAGCCAGAAUUUUUCAGACGCAGUGCAUCGUGUGUUGCAAAGACAGGGGAAAAAUGUUUGGUUCAAGAAACAGAACCUUGUGAUAUAAAUAAAGCAGUUGUUUCCUCAUUUUGAAAAUGCUUGUGGGCAUGGCCGGGUUCAGGAGACGUUUUUGGAGCGACGGGCAGACGCACACGUUUUGAAAUGACUGUGAUGUGUUUUUUUUAGAAACGUUUUGAGUUUUGCCAGCUUUGAGGGUGUAUAACAGCACGCAGGCAUUCGAGGGGAACAAGAUGUUAAAACGUUCUCGUCAUUUUUUUUUUAAAAACCACAUAUUAUUUCGCUUAACUGUUGUGUCUCGAUCACACAUCACGUCGUCAAAGAUUAGAGUGUGUCUUGUGAUCCAAGAUCGAAAACUCACUGGAGUUCAUAAACAGAGUCAUAGAGGAAAAACAAA